AUGGCGGAAGCGACUGCAGCGAAAAUGAGCGGUGCAAAUGAGGGUGCGGCUACGGUUGCACAGGAGAAGGUACAGGAGACUGCUGAGGCCGGGGUGUCCUCUUUACAAGCCGACGCCGACGCUAUCGUAGCUGCGCCGGCAGCUGAAGCAGUAGCAGAGCCAGCAGCGGCUACGACGAUUCCAGAGACAAAGGCUGAAGGCGACGCCGAAGGCGCGGCGGCAGACACGGCUGCCGCACCAGCUGAGGCACGAGCAGCGGAGAGCUCGGUAGAUGCUGCGGGAGAAUCGACGUCAGGGGGCGGUUUCUUUGAGACGCCAAGGCCGCCUCCGGCAGCCGUUUUACGUUCGACCACAUCCAACUCUCAGGCUCUAAACCAGGACGACGAAAUCGCCCCUGUAACGUCAGCUAGCGGUGCGCUCAUUUGCAACAUCACACUCCUUCUGCCCACGGGCAACCGCCAUCCCUUCAAGAUCGACGACCGGUACUUGACCAAGCGUGGUGUCGAGGUGCCCGACGUGACCGAAGCUGGUCUCAAAGAUCCAUUCAGCGUUUCUGUCUACAAAUUGAAAGAGCUGAUCCUUCGCGAGUGGCGCGAGGACUGGGAGAGCAAGCCGGCCAGCCCGAGCAGCAUAAGAUUGAUUCAUUUCGGCAAACUGCUUGACGAUAAAGAGCAGCUGAAGAAGUACCACUUCAGUACCGACUCGCCAAACGUCGUCCAUAUGUCUGUCAAGCCGCCAGAGAUGAUGGAGGACGAGGAGGCUGCUAAGAACACCAGCGGAGGGCGUGAAGCGCGCCGGAGAGAGGGCGGCUCCGGCUGCUGUGUUAUCUUAUAA